CAAAAGAAGCUGAGAAGCGGAGAAUACCUGAAAGCGCCGCGGUGCGUUCAGGAUGAGAGAAGGUGCAGAACCGGUCGAAUCACAACCAUUCAGUUCGAGUUUGGCUCUUGUGCAGUGAAGACCUAAAUUGGAGUUUGGAUUUUGUUGUUGUUGUUAUCGUUGUCUUUGAGACUUUUCCCAGUGUUUGGAAAACGUUUCAAAAACGAGAUUCAUUGUGAAGGAAGAAACGAGUUUUACGAAGCUACACCAUUUGAAUGGAAUGCAAUUAGUGGAAGAAUCGAGAUAAAGGAAGCCAUUCAAAGUGUUUGACAAGUUUUGGACAGUAAGCAAAUGAGAGUGAACUUUAUGAUUUGUGAACAGUGAGAGAGAUUGAUCAGAAGAGAUUGCCAAGUGCAUUGAUUUACGAAGACUUUAAGUGAUUCCGGAGAUUAUCGAGAUGAUUAACCAUUCAAUGGCCAGUUUGAGCCACCCGCAUUAUGGGUUCUCGCUGGGUAAUCAUCAAAUGGAUAUGCCGCCGGCAGCUGAUUAUGCGCCUCAACCGAACCACAGUCCGGGCAGCGUGGACGUGAAACCUCGGUUAAGUUUCCCGCCCACUUCACUGGCUGGGUUUCAAACUCACACAUCUCAACAGCCCGGGUCUCAUCAGACCUCACCUGGUCAGGACGGACACAUCAAGCGACCCAUGAAUGCCUUCAUGGUCUGGUCCCGGCUGCAACGUCGUCAGAUCGCCAAAGACAACCCCAAAAUGCACAAUUCGGAGAUCUCCAAGCGUUUGGGAUCCGAAUGGAAAUUGCUCACCGAGUCUCAGAAACGCCCCUUCAUCGACGAAGCCAAGCGCUUGCGGGCCAGCCACAUGAAGGAACAUCCAGACUACAAGUACCGACCACGACGUAAGCCAAAGAACCCCUUGGCUAACGCCGCCGGGGGACUCUCCCUAGGAAUGCAACAAUCCGCCAAGAACGUCCUUGGAUCAUCGUACCCAUUCCCGCAACUUCCCCCGUACUUUGCCCCGUCUCACCACCUCCAGCAGCUGGAACAACACUACUCAGUUCCCUACUUUGGCGGCUUUGAUCCACUGACCCUAUCCAAACUACACCAAUCGCAACAGAACGUCCAGAACAGCUCCCCGACGGGUAUGGAAGCCCACAAGACGCAGCAAAUGCCACCGACUUCACUUAGCUCGUUCUACUCCAAUAUCUACAGUGGCAUCUCGGCUGCGGCAGCGGCCUCGCCGCUCUAUGCCGCUCACUCGAACAGCCUGUACAACUCGUCCACGUCAUCCACAUCGCCUGGAUCCAGCCCCAGUACCUCACAGCAGUCUGCCACCAUCCUGCCGAGCGAUAUCGAGAACUCGAUGCGGCGGCCCGUACAGGUCAUCUACUAGUUCGCUGACGACAACGGCACAGUGAUUGUAUCUCAGAGUAAGAAGCACCAUUGUCUGUAGUUCAGUUUACCGAUAGGACCUUUCCUUAACCUAAAAGACGCGCUGGCGAACUCCCGUUUUCAUGUGUAUAUAUUCCGUGGUUAUAAGCGAUCGGAUGAAGCGUCGCCGCGCCGUCGUGUUACUUACUUUAAUUUAUUCAUGUGAAACGAUAACUCUGAACAAAAGGAACGACAUCCCUCUCAUAGUAGGAAGCUUUUUUUUUUUGUUUUAACUAGUUUAGAACUGAUGACGAAGACCGAUUUCGGUGGGUCUUUACUGUGUAAAUAGCCUAGAAAUUUAUCGAUGUGCGGACUGUGCGCUAGACUAAUUAUCAACUCACUCCGAACAACGUUGUCUUAUGUUAGUUCUGUUAGGUUCGAGUCCCCCCCCCAAAACGAAUCAUUUAUGAGAUUAUUUUCUAUCUCAAACGACGAGUGGACGCGCGCUGUUAGGAUACAAUUUUUAUAACGAUUAAAACAAAAUUUACGAACAGAUCAUCAUCAUCAAUCAGUGGAAACGAGUAAACAUUCGGCUGAUCGGUAGGAGUGGAUUGGGUUUUUCGUAAGAAUGGACUUUAUCUUUAUUUGUUAUCUCAUAAAUCGUAAGCAGCAAACAGUGAAAGAAACACAGGAGCAGGAAGAUUGUAUGCGAAAUAAAUAAUUUUUGAUGAUAAAAGAGAAA